AUGCUCCUACACCUGCCUAAACGGCCUCCCCAGCAAUUGCAGGACAAUCCCGCCCUGGGCCUACGCCCGCCCUGCCUGAGCGGGGACCCUGGGCUCCCCAGAGCUGAGUCCCUGCCUGCGCCGGGGGCGAGGAAGGACCCCGGGGUCCGCCCCAGCGCUGUGCGUCCAGACGGCGCCAUGGCUGCGGCUGGGGGCGGCCUCUGCUGCCCGCGCGGAGGCGGUUCGGUGGCCGGGGAUGCAUCGCAGGACAAGUUACAUCCAAGAAACCUGAUUCCGGAGCUCUGCAAGCAGUUUUAUCAUUUAGGAUGGGUCACAGGAACUGGUGGAGGAAUCAGCUUGAAACAUGGAGAUGAAAUCUACAUUGCGCCAUCAGGAGUCCAAAAGGAAAGAAUUCAGCCCGAAGAUAUGUUUGUUUGUGACAUAGAAGAACGGGACAUCAGCGGCCCUCCACCACACAAGAAACUAAAGAAAAGCCAAUGCACGCCUCUCUUUAUGAAUGCUUACACCAUGAGAGGAGCUGGAGCUGUGAUCCAUACUCAUUCAAAAGCUGCUGUCAUGGCUACCCUUCUCUAUCCAGGAAGUGAGUUUAGAAUUACCCAUCAGGAAAUGAUAAAAGGAAUCAAGAAAUGCACUUCAGGAGGGUAUUACAGAUAUGAUGAUAAGUUAGUGGUCCCCAUUGUUGAGAACACACCAGAGGAGAAGGAUCUCAAGAAACGAAUGGCACAUGCAAUGAAUGAAUACCCAGACUCUUGUGCUGUAUUGGUCAGACGUCAUGGAGUUUACGUAUGGGGAGAAACGUGGGAAAAAGCCAAAACCAUGUGCGAAUGUUAUGAUUACCUGUUCGAUAUCGCAGUACAGAUGAAGCAGCAUGGACUAGAUCCUGCAAAACAUCCAGCUGAAGAAAAUGGGAUCGUAUAAACUACAACAACACAGUUCUGUACCCCCACCCACCCACCCAAAAUUGCAGUGCAAAAAGUGGAAAUGUAUUUGUCAACCUUUCAAGCAUUUAUAACUGAGCGCCCUUCUACUGCAUCUAGUAGAGCAUGCUUUGUCUGUCAAAAGGUGAAUUAUAGCUAAAGUGUUUAAUAACAGCAAGUGGAGGAAACAUAGCCCCCAAUCCUGCAAGCUGAUCUGUGCAGGCAGACCCUUAUGCCCAGGUCUGCAGGAUCAGGGCCAUGCAUGACAAUUCUGCUUCAGGGCUGGGGGGGUUUCCCUUCAGUAGCAAUUGUUGAAUGCCAUUUGAUUAAUUUCAAUGGGCGUGGUGGGUCACUUGUGUACCUUGGACAGAAAAACUACAGUGGAUUUGGCUCCCUGUUGCCAAAGAAUCAGUGUUUAAUAGUAGCUGAAACUGUCUUAAAAUUAAAUGUCUCAUAAAAUGUAACUAUCAGAUUAUCAUUUUUGUGGCUGUUUAAAUAUAUAAACACAUUAAAUCAGUAUCUGAAUGUUUUAAGCAGAAUAAAAGAAUUCAGAGCAG